AUGGACACAAAACCUCCAUCAAAACCGGAAGAGAAAAAAGAUGACAAUUUGCUGGCGACUACAGUCAAAGGAGCAUCUUAUCUCAUCAUGCUGCAAUUUAUAUCGCGUAUGCUGACAUUUUCGCUUAACCAAAUCGUGAUACGUUUUACUUCAAAAGCAACAUUUGGUAUUGCCUCAGUCAAUUUGGAACUAUUAUCUUCGACUAUUCUUUUUAUUUCUCGAGAAGGUUUUCGUUCAGUCCUGAUCAGAAAGAGUAAGAAUCAGCAAUCGAUUCUCAACCUGGCUUAUAUUCCUUCAUUCUUUGGCCUCAUCACCACUAUUGCCGCGUGCUUAUAUUAUUUAUCCACCAUAUCUUUAGAGGAGCAAGCGCAAUUUCCUUACUACAAGACUGCUGUCUUGUUAUAUGGUGCAGCCUCUUUCCUCGAACUCUUGGUUGAGCCGCUGUUUAUAUUAGCACUCAAUAAUUUAUACUUCCAGCUCCGUGUAACAAUAGAAGAAAAGAGUUAUUGGUUCGAUAAGGCAUUGCUUCAUUUAGGCUUUACCAUGACAAAACAAUCUUUUCUAAAACAUGUUUUAACUGAAGGGGAUAAAAUGCUGAUAUCCAUUUUAAGCUCUUCACAAGAUAGAGGCGUUUAUGCAUUUGUUGUGAAUUAUGGUUACUGGUCAUUAGGAGAAGGAAAUGCACCUGGAGUACUGGCCAUGUAUUGUAUUUAUGUUCCAUUUAUGGGUAUCAAUGGUAUUACGGAGGGUUUUGUACAAGCAGUAGCUACCAAAUCUGAUUUGACUAAAUUAAGCUAUUAUAUGGUCCUAUUUUCUACCUGCUUCAUGGCCUCUGGUAUCGUAUUUAUGUAUGUGCUGGAAUUAGGUGCUAUCGGUUUGAUCUUGGCAAAUAUGGUAAACCUCGGCAUUCGUAUCGCAUAUAGUUGGUUCUACAUUUGUAGAUAUUUUGAUAAAGUUUCGCUUUCUGUGCGUCAAUGGCUUCCUCAUACUACAACAGUUGUUUCAUUUAUGCUGGCCUGGACCAUAACUUAUUGGUCUCAAAAUCACCUGGGUUGGUAUACCUUGAGUCAAAAAAUGGCUCAUAUCUCUGUGGGCGGUGUUUGUUUUAUUAUUGUUUGUAGCGUGAUGUAA